CGCUUCCGCAGCAAGUAGAAGAGAAAAGGACAAACAGGAAAAAGCGCUGGAAGAAUACACGAUAAUGGAUCACCCUAGUCGUUAAUAUGCCAGACCACUAUCCAGCGAUAUAAGACUGAGAAAAGCGUUGUUUUUACACCGCAUAUUCUUUCAGGGAACAAACCGAUAUCAUUCUCAGACACUAUUGGCGCUCUUUUCUCCAACUUACAGCCUUAUUGGUCUUGCUCGUUAAUCAUGACCUGCUUCAAUGACAUAUUCCUGCAGGCAAUAAUCCCACCGUGGCUCAGGCGAUUCUGCUUCGAUCGACGCUCCCCCGUAGGUUUGAUGGACUGCGACAAUGGCAGACAGGAUGACAGCCAAUCUAGAGAUAGUGCUGUGGGCCAUGAUGAACCGCAGAGUCGCUCUUCGGAGUAUCAAACCCCAAGGCCAUUAUCCUAUGAGAACGAACAGCCAAACCUGCCGGCCCCAGCGAAGCAUCAGAAUUAUAGUUUGUUCCCAAAACAGUCCAAUCCCCCCUCGGCCCCCAACAUACAGCGCAUCAAACCAGCUUCACCUACGGACUUAGGAGAAGAGGCCAUAGCGGCGAUACCAGAAACCUUGCGCAAUGAUCAGGCACCAACAAAUGGAACCAAAGGCACUUCGACUUCCAGGGACAGUGGAGAAAUAAUUGGUCUCCCAGAGUCAAGCUUACCCGAACCAGUAAGUCGCAACUGCUUAAGGCCUUGGCCUGAACAUGCUGAUUUAACCAUAACUUGUAGAAACAGGCAUGGUGUGUGUUUACCAUGCUGGAUGAUUCGACCAAGGAUCAAAUUAGACCACUCAGUUAUUUGGGUGUUUUUCAUUAUCCUCUUCAAGAGGCGGUCAUGUUGUUUUGUGUAAAGUACCGGGAGAAGACGAAACUCAUGGGCUGCUCGGUGUCAUUUUUCAAUGGGAAAAAGCAGGGUGCAUUGAGACAAAAACUGUCUCCGUGUGUACCCAAGGACGAAUGGCCAUAUAUUCAUGCUGAACAUGGAUUUAAUCCCAUGUAUAGCCAGUCUGGCUUUGUGUAGAUAUGAAUAUAUAUACCUCCUCUCGAAUAUCUAUUUUUUCUCGCCCGUCAACCUUUCAAACAUGGACACCUUCCAUUUCGCAACCCGUCGCGGUCCUUCUCCCCGGGUACACUCCGUUCGGCUAUCCAAUUGUCCUUGUGUCUACCACCCACUACAUUACAUUCUAACAUUCUAUCACGAUGGAGGCAACACUAGCCUGACCACGAAUCACUACAAGUUUUUAUCUAAGCCAGAAAUUUUUCACCGACUAUUAUGGCUUGAGAACUACGCCUGGCCCCACCCCCAAGCUGAGGAGCUUGCCAUAUAUACGGUGCAUUAUUCUUGUCCCAAUCUGAACGAUAUUGCAUGUGAGAUCUUCGACAAGGACGGCUCAGAUAUUGGACAUAGUUGUUGUGGCUCCAUGUACGUUCUAAAGCAUCGUGCCA